GAUAUUAGGAACAAUUCCCGCAUGGAAAGGGCUGUCAGGCAGUGGAAUGAACUUCCCAGGGCAGGGCUGGAGUCGCCAUUCCCGGAGGGAUUUCAGAUCCCUGUGGAUGUGGCCCUUGGGGACACGGAUCCGUGCUGGCCUUGGAGGUGCUGGGAAUGGUUGGAUUCCGUGAUCCCGGAGGGAUUUUCCAACCUGAACCAUCCCUAAGGAUUCUGUGCCAUCCCGGCGCUGUCCCAGCUCUCCACAAUCCCCUGGAAGGAAUUUUCAGGAAGUUCCCCGAUUCCCUGUAUCCGCAGGCUCCGGACGAGGCGGCGCUGGCGGCGCUGGCCCAGACCCUGCGGCAGCACCGCAUCGACCACCGCGUGUGGACGGAGCAUCCCGAGGACAUUCCCACCUGCCUGGCCCUCCGGCCUUAUCCCAAGGAUCAGGUGCACCAGCACCUGAAGGGGCUGAAGCUGCUCAAGUGAUCCGACUUUGUCCCGGAAGCCCCGUUAUUCCGGCCGGGAUUUGGAAUCCCGGCGGAUGCGGCGCUUGGGGCCGUGGCUCCGAGGUUGGAUUCCGUGAUUCCAAAGGUCUUUUCCAAGCUAAAGGACUCCGUGUGUUACAUUAAAGCUGGGAAUCUCCCCCCU